UCUAGGAGUUGGAACUUGGUACUUGGAAGCUCGUAGCAUAAUAUAGUAAAAUUCCAGCUUUUGAAGAUAAACCCAGGGAACAACUUGAGUGACUCUGAGACCAUUAUUGCAACUGUGAAUCUAUAGGAGGAGUAGUCUUUGGACGGCAGCCAGAACAAGAUGGAAGUUUGCAGGCCGUUCAAAUCUGAUGAUAAAUUAAAGCACCGCCCUUUGACUCCUUUUAGGAUUUUGAGGGGUCUGAUAUGCUUAGUGGUGUUCCUCUGUACUGCUUCUAUGUUACUAACCUAUUUAGGACCUGGAGCUGUCCUAUUGCGAUUUUUCAGCAUACACUACAGUAGGAAGGCAACAUCCAUCUUCUUUGGCUUAUGGCUAGCUUUGUGGCCUUUUCUUUUUGAAAAAAUUAACAGGACUAAAGUGGUUUUCUCUGGGGAUAAUGUUCCACAAAAGGAACGUGUUUUACUUAUUGUCAAUCACAGAACUGAAGUUGAUUGGAUGUACCUGUGGGAUCUUGCAAUGCGGAAGGGGUGCCUGGGUUACAUCAAGUAUAUCCUUAAGAGCAGCCUGAUGAAACUACCUGUCCUUGGUUGGGGAUUUCACAUCUUGGAGUUCAUUUCAGUAGAAAGGAAGUGGGAAACUGAUGAAAAUGUCCUGCACCAAACGCUUUCAACUUUUAAGAAUCCCCGGGAUCCUUUAUGGCUUGCUCUUUUCCCUGAAGGAACUGAUUUUACUGAAGAAAAAUGCAGAAAGAGUCAAAAGUUUGCAUCUGAAGUUGGAUUGCCAGUGUUGACAAACGUGCUUCUACCAAAAACACGGGGCUUUUGCCUUUGCUUAGAAACACUUCGGGACGCUUUGGAUGCAGUUUACGAUUUGACAAUUGCAUAUAAGCAUCAAUGCCCUUUCUUUUUGGACAAUGUAUUUGGUGUGGAUCCAUCAGAGGUUCACAUUCACGUACGACGUAUCCCUGUUAAGGAUAUCCCAGCAUCUAAUGCAGAGGCUGCUGCAUGGUUAAUUGAUACAUUCAAGCUCAAGGACCAACUGCUCUCAGAUUUCAAAUCUCAAGGCCAUUUCCCUGACCAAAGAACUGAAGAACAACUCUCUACCUGGAAGUCCUUGCUAAAUUUUACAGUGAUAAUUUCCCUGACAGCCAUAUUCACUUAUCUAACCUUUUCUUCCAAGUUGUGUAUGAUAUAUGUAAGCUUAGCUUGUCUAUUUCUUGCUUACAUUACUUAUUAUAAAAUUCUCCCAAUGCCAGUUGUAAGCUCUGCUAAACUGCUGUCUUACCCUAAGGGAACAAGAAAUGAAUAAUUUUUCAUUAUAAGACAUUUUAAUUGCAGGUCACAAUAAAAUUUUGCCUUUGAACCAGAUUUAUUCUGUGCUUUUUAUUUUGGUUUUUGUUUCUUGUGAACUGUUAUC